AUGACUACUACUCUACGAAAAAUUUUCAUUUUUUCGAUAGUCGUUACAAUAUGCACUGGACUUCCUUCAAAAAGUCAUCGAGGAACUCACGGACAUCCGAUACCACCGGAACCAAGAAAUCAAGGACGAUUCGAAGAUGGACAUAAUCAUGAAGAAAUUGAUUCACAUUGGUAUACGUUAAACAUAAGAUUAUUUUAUUCUUUUGUUCGCGUAGCAAGAAGAAUCAACUCGUGGAAACCGGAAGAUCCAGAAAAUGUAUGGGAAUUGAGUGGUCUUUAUCAAGGAGACAUAAUGUUACCACUAAAUCAUAAAGGAAGUAAUAGAAAUGGUCUUUUGGAUACAACAACUCGUUGGCCUAAUGCAACUGUACCUUAUUACAUCGAGGAAGAGGAUUUCGAUCGUUCAGAUAUCGAAGUGAUAAAAGAUGCAAUAAAAGAAUAUCACAGCAGAAGCUGCUUACGUUUCCGACCAUACAAAGAAUCCGAUAUUGAUUAUGUCCGAAUACAGGGUAAGAGUUCCGGAUGUUGGUCCAUGGUGGGUCGUCAUGGUAAAGGACAGGUAUUAAACUUGCAAGUUGACGGAUGUGUACGGCACGGUGUUGUCGUUCACGAGUUGAUGCACGCUUUGGGAUUUUAUCACCAACAGAGUGCAGCGAACCGUGACGAAUGGGUCGUAAUACACUGGGACAACAUAAAACCAGGAAAAGAACAUAAUUUUGAAAAAUAUGAUCGAGAUACCGUAACAGAUUUUGGUUCCUCUUACGAUUAUUCCAGCGUGAUGCAUUACAGUGCACACGCGUUCUCAGCGAACGGCGAGGCAACUAUUACACCAAAGGUCGAGGAUGCAAAAAUCGGCCAACGUAACGGACUCAGUAAAAUCGACGUGGAAAAAUUACAAGCAAUGUACAAAGACGAAUGCGAUAAUCGUGAACCAGAAGUAAGUACUGCUAGCGAAUCCGAAGAAGAUCUUUCAUUUAAUUGGUCCUCAUUGGAUUUGUAGAAAAUAAUCUUCAACGAUUUUUGUAAGUACAAAAUAUGACCUGAUGUUUAAUU